AUGAAGGAAAAACCUUCCGCAUUGCGAGUUAAAGGCGAGUGAAUGAACACGCGGUCUAAACGAUAAUGAUUCAGAACUCUAAUUGUUUCUGAAGAGUUUUAAUCAAGCCUCAACACGCGAGAAGUUCAGUGUAGCGAGUAAGAGAGUGAGCGAGAACUGUUUUUACCUGUAAACACCUUUGUCUUUUUGUGUCGUGUCUGAGGGAGUGCGCGAGACGCACGUCAUUUGCCCGAAGUGCGCCGCUUCCCUGGAAACCUCGCGUUGUCUCAAUGAAGAUGUGCUUCACUUCACUUGCAAAACACUAAUUUCGACAGGAUUUACACUUUUUACUCCAGUUGUAUUAUGUGCAUACUGGAUUGAAACUCGCCGGGAAUAAUGCGGACACAGAUCUAUAUCAGUGUCACUGUCUUGAUCCUGUUUUUUAAAAAAUCCGCCUCGGAAGCUGUGAGAGUCCCGUCUCCUGAGAGCGUGUCUGUUCAGUGUGACAGCUAUGGAGUCGAAGCUCGAUGGAAAUAUCCUGAGGCUCAUCAGGACGUUUACUUCCAGGUCGAGGUGCAAGAUAAGGACGGUAAAAGGGUCUCUAAUCUUACAAGAAAUCUGCAUUUAAACAUAUCCAGCAUGCUGUUUCAGCCAGCAUUCAACCGUUACUGUGUCAACGUGACGGCUGUGCGUGGAGAAGAGAAGUCCAAGCCAUCUGUCUUUUUUGUCUUCAGCUAUAAUAAAUUUGCUGUUGCCAAUACUACCUGUUAUUUGGAUUUUCCUGAGGUUGAACUUUCUCCCGAAGAUGGCAAACUUCACGUCCAGUUCACCAACCCUCUUCAUCUGUACAGAAACUCACCGGCUCUGCGUGACCCCAGCGAUGAUCUGGAAUACUGUAUCGAAACAGACGAGGGGAAGGAUGAAAUCUGUGAAACCUGUCGAAUGACGCAAAAUACAUCAUGCGAGAAGUCUGUUGUGUUUUCUGAGCACAGAGGCAAAUACUGCAUCCAUCUGACUGGAAAUAUUGGACAGAGGUUUUUCAAUCUCAGAAGCAGCUGUUUCAGAGGAGACAUAAGAAGAUAUACUCCGUUCACGGUGUACUUGAAUCCAGUGCUGGGGGUCGUUUUAAGUCUGCUGUUCAUAACCGGCGUCAUUAUGCUGUUAGCGAAGAAGUGCAACUCAGAAAUGAAGAAGAAGAUCCCCUUUAUGUUCCCGCAUUUCUUUGAUUUCGGUGAAACACAAUCGCACUUGCCGAAAACACUGUGUGUGGUGCCAGAUAACGUGGAGCCACAUCUGCAGAUCGAACUGGUUGAAGACCCUGAAGAGCAAACAUCGCUGGUACCAUUGUCUGAUAACAAGGAUCUGGAAAGAGUCUACUCAGAAGAUAAAAACUCCUAUGGGCCUAAUGACCUUGUUGAAGAUGAGCAGAGCGACCUGUCUGAUUUUUACGACUGCCCACAUGCUCCCAAGCAAAAACUGGAGAUGAGUCCUGGAGAUACGGUAGAUAGUUACGGACCCUAACUGUUUUAGAGGCCUAGAAAUGAAGGAAAGUACCGUAAUGGCAGCAAAAUCCCCAUAGCUAUUGUCUAGAUGUGUUCUGGAAACAUGAGAUGGGAUGGGACUGUUUGUACAAGCACAAGCCCUCACAUGCCUCAUGAAAGGAACUCCCCCGGGCUUUCAAUGGAAAACCUGUUUGGCGUUAGCCUUCAUCUCAGCACUCCUUUUAUUGGAAACGAAACUCCUCGUACACCAGUUAAGGGAAUUGCUUUAUCCUUUUUCUUUUGAUUUUGAGCAUUAUUUGUUCAAUAGUUAUAUUUUUCUACAAACCGUAGCUUUAUUUUUUAUGCGGACGGUCUUAUCUUGUGGCCUUUGAACAAAGUUUUAAAACAUCCUUUACCAGCACUUCUCAGGUCAUGUGACUUCAAGUCUUUGGAUUUAUGCUGCAUUCUUGUACACCUCAUGGGAUUUACCGCCAUUACAAAACAAUUACUGACUUCCUGUGUCUCUCUUGGAAAAUUUACAACACCAAAUAGAUCCUUGCUUGGCUUUGAUGAGUUGAUUACAGAAAACACUUUAUUAUUACAGUAAUUCGCCUUUUAUAUUAAUUUUUUUAUAAAUAUGAAUGCACCAGCUAUCAUGAGCUGUAAUAAAAUGUCACACCAAGCAGAACACUG